AAGGCAGUUAGAUAAUUUAUAUUUACACGGGGGAAAAAAAAAAAGAAAAGGUACAGGCUAUCAAAACCAUCUGCGAUAUUUCUUAUUGAAAAGUCGUACGGCACUGGGAAGAAAGGAGUUUGUGGAGCGAUUUGUGUGGGUUUUCAAAGCGACUCUCCUUCCUAGGGUCCAGGCCCCUCACAGCCCCGGUGGGCUAAACGCAGAGUGAGACUGUCGGCUAUGGCACACCUCAGGGCAGCUCUUCAUGUAGGCCGUGUCCAGGGGCAUUGCCAAUGUGUGGUCUGGAGACGUCACUUGAAGAUCACCGAAGGAGAUUUUCACAGUACACAGCAUGGGCUCGUGUCAGUACCCCUCCUGUGCCACUAGAGGGCAGCAGUGACCCACCACUGGAGCUUCUUCCCUGCAGCUGGCAGCCGCGUGCCCUCCUUGCAGCUGUGCCAAUCAGUCCUUUCUUUAAAUUAGAAUCUGGUUGAUGGCGACUCAGUGUCUGCUGGAGAGAAUCGCGUUAUUGGGGGCUUCAAUCAGUAACAUUGAUAGCAGGUGCUCUGGAGUGAGAUGGACCCUGGGGGUUUAUAUGCAUAGCGUGACUCGGACCGGCUGAGGCUCGGCCCCUUUCGAAGACCAGGUGCCCCCCAACACAGGACUUAAAGUUAAGGAACACAGAGGGGAGAUCGGAGCACCAAAACACAAGUGGUCUGGCACACCAGCUUCUAGCAGUGUCUUAUAUAGCGCCUUGCUGGGCGGUGGUCCGGGCUGCUCCUCUGUUUCAGAGACCCUUGGAAUGCUGCAUUGUGUACGGUGACCUUGGCUGUCAUGAUUUUCUGUUCCAGCAUGGCCUCGGGGGUUGCGCAGUGCGCCAGCCAAGUGUCCAGGAGGCCAUUUUCUCGGCAGAUUGAUGGCGGGUGUAAUUGAGGCACCCAACUGUGAGCAUCAAGGUGAGCUGAGGGGAGAACGGCUUUAUGGGGGGAGGUCGGUAAAGCGCCUUGAGCUGCACUUGCAGGGGCCGACGGUCCACGUCGUUAGCGUUGGUCUCUCUGGUCCGACCUGAAGAUGGACCCUGAAAGACUGAUGCCAUGGAGUGAAGUGUGGCGUCCGACCCGGCCGGGUGGCACUGUUGAUGCCGCCUUUCUGAAGUUGGGGUGCCUUCUCCACUGCUGCAUUGACCUGCUUGAUUUGAGGUUGGUGUCUUGCUGUGUGGGCCUGCCAGCUGCCCAUGUCUUGUGCCUACUUGCCUGCCCUCAGGUGUCCUUGGAUAGCAUUAUGUGUUUCUGCCACUCACUCUUCACUCCCACUGGCACUCCUUAUUUGUCUCCUGGGGCACCCUGCCCCGUAGUGGCCUGUGAGCAAGACCUGCUGAGCUGGCAACUUGCUGUGUAGCUCUCGAAGCUGGUUUGUGGCAUCUUGUCUGACUCUUCAUCCGCCUGGUAGUGCCCAUGUCUAUCGGGCAUCGCUUCCCAGCACCUAUGAUUGUUAGGAAAAGGAGCUGAUUGAGAACGUGGAGGAUUUGAAUUGUGAUGAGGUGUGGAGGGCGAAGAUAAAAUCACCAACAAUGGUGCUGGCACAGUAGCGACUGGUGUUUAUCAUCACGUUAACCUUCGAAUUGCCGCUGUGUAAUAUAGUGCCUUUCAGACGCGAGUCCUGUAACAUUUCAAAGCUAUUGCUCUCUUUUAUAGUGCCUUUCAUCUCUGUUUAUCUUUGAGCCCACAAGGACUUAAGUGGCAUUGAAAAGGUGGCCAGAAACAUCCCUUGGUAGUGAUGCCAAUCCAUCAGUGGGCACACUCACUUGUCCAUCUGGGCAGGGGGCUCAAGCCCAGAACAGUACCCAGUCUUACUAAAUUAUUUAUAAAAUAUGCGCCACGCUAAUUAAAAUGUUCUUCAUGAAGCCCCCUUUGCCUAACGGGCUCUGCUCUGUGCCCCCACUCUUACAGCCUCUACUGACGUUUGCCCCCUUGGGUUCACCUCCACCACUUCCAUUGUUUUUGGGGGUCUUCAGACAGGGCAGCUGGUGCCACCUCUGGUCACCUUGGUCCUUUUAGGGGGUCACCGGAGCUUGCUUUAAAAGGCCGAGUGUGUGUUGAUACACAGUGGUGACUGGCAUGGUGGCACAGUGAGGGGCGGGUUCUGCGUGUUUGACGUUUUUCAGGCCCCAAAGUCCAGCGGGCGUAAAUCUCAAAGCCCCUGCCAUUGACGUGUGUGCUGCUGUGCUUCCUCAUAUUGUCAGGCCCCCACAUCACCUCUCCUCCAAAGUGUCUGCAUAUACGGAGCCCCCCAAUCCUUCACCCAUUCACUAAAUGUGUUAAUCUGACUGGCCAGCGGCGACCCUGCUCGACAUCGACAGCAGGAAUGAAGACCUCUGCGGUGAGGAGGAGGAAAGCCGAAGUCGGACGGCGUGCUGCACAUAAUUAAAACGUCCAGAAAUUGAGCGGUGGGCUCGGCCAACGGCGCCCGCUUCACCUGGACUGGCCAGGCCUUCCUCAUUCACGCAGGCCCUAAACGUGCCAACGCGCCGUUAAGGCUGAAGCCCUAAUCCAUCUUAAUCCUGCAGUGUUUAGCGCUUGAUGAGUUGGCAUUGAUUUCCUCGAGCGCCGAGAAGAUCGAUGCGUCCUCUGCUUGAUUUUCCUUGGUCACAUUUUACUAAGCGUGUGAGGAGGCUACGCUAAUGGAUGAGGGGACAACGGGCGGCACUGAUGCUGGCGCUGAGGGGCUCCUGGUGGCCACAGAAACCAGUGAAUUGGCAUUUUACAUGCCGAUGGUAAAGUUCGAGUUGGACGAGGGGCUCUGACGGCUACAGGGUCUGCAUUUUGGAACAAACGGGGUGGCGGGCCAGGGGUCUUCAGAUCACAACACCACAGUCUGUCUUCACCUAUCACAGGUGACGUCUGCGUUGGCACCUUGAAGGGAAGGACUGAGGUGGCACGCGGUGAUGUGAUGGGUGAGGAGUUGGUAAGAGAAGAACGGCCGCCAUGGAGACGUCCGAUGUCACAGCUGGAUAGUCGCUGGCUGGGGGGGGUUGGCAUGGUCCUCCUUUGUCUGCUCACUGCCACCUUAGAAGAGCACAGGAGGAGGUGUGGGUCCGUAGCGGGGACCCUUGCGUUAGAGCAGAUAAGUCAGAGCGGCGUGGUGGUGCAGAUGCACUGCGGACCCCUAAAAGGCCCACUGGCAAGGUCAUGCCCCCUUGUAAACCUGCAUGUGGCGUCCUUCCUUAUCAGGGCGUAUCCCCUUAGGCUUGGCUGUGUAUUUCAGGUGCAGUGACGUGGUCGUCUUACCUCUGGGGGGCUCCACAUGGACCCUCACUGCCGAUCCUUGUGCCUCUCUGUGAUUCUGCCUGGAAUGUCCUGGCCACGGGUUCAAGUCCAUCCUGUGGCUGCUGUUUACAAGGAGCUCGGCACCCACAUCUGCCAGUGGUCUGUGGUUCCUAACAAAAUUGAAAGCUCCAGAGUGACAUCGUCCAUCAUCGAGAUGAAACGCAGAAGGCCGGGCACCGUGGCCAGAAAGGCGCCGGUCAAAGAAUCGUCAUGUGGGUCAAUCUGUGAGUCGGAGCCAACAGCGGGCACUCUGCAUCACGCCAGUUACUUCAGGUUGGCUCAUCCUGCCUUCCUCAGUAAUAGCAUUAGGCACUAAUUAAAAAGCUGUUCAGCAAAUUAGAUUUAAAUGAACUUUUGAAAUUAACAUGCAAAUGUAUUCAUGUAUAUUUAGGUGGAUGAUUUCUCCUAAUAAACCCACUCUGUGAAGUAAUCCCCCCGGAAUCAAUGGCUGUGACUGGGUCUCGAGCUCCAGCCUGGUCGGACUGGUGGCUGAGAAGUGUGUGUGUGUGUGUGUGUUGCGUCCCCAACUGGAGUGGUUAUCGUGAGCUUGAGGGGCCCUUCCGUGUGGGCACAGCUGAGCAGAAGAGUGACAUGAGACUGGCCGGUAACUGAGGUGACCACACCAGCUGCUGAAGUGCUGGGAAUGGUGGGAUCUGCUGCUGUCUUCCUCUUUUGAUUUCGAUUUCUUUUUUUCCGUUUCUGUAUUUCUUUGUUUUGGCUUCAGGGCUCCAAGUCGCUGACACGCCUGCUUUUCCAAAGUCUGUGAGUUUGACAGGCGAUGUCCACUCCGCCCGGUGGUCUCCUCUUCUUUUGUGGCUGCCACGUGCCAAGGUUUUUGUGCAGCAUUGACGUCACAUGGCAGGUGUUUCGGUGGUCCUGGUGGGGGGCUUUUCUAGGUGUACUGACCGGUGCCCCCCAUCUGCUGUGAUGAAUUUCUAUGUUGAUUUCAUUUUAUUUUUCACCCCUCAUCUUCUGUUCCUUUUGACGGGCGCUGCCAUGUUUGCGGUGCCAGGCUGAGUGCGAUCAUGUCACUUGUCGGGCUAGGCAUGACGUCACUAGAGUUUCAGAUGUCAUCACGUUGUCCUAGUUUUGGGGUAUUCAUUCAAACACAACUGUCCUUGUAUUUUUAAAUGUCGGAAGCCAUUUCCUGGCGCUGGCGUCUGUUUCGGGUUGUUGGGGUCUCCUGCCUGCCAGCCUCCGUCGUCUGUGUUCUCAUUUCCUUUCAAGUCUCAUUUUGUUGUUGUGUCCUCCUUAGUUGUGUGUGCUUUGUGGGUGGAGCUCCGAGAGGCGGGGUCACCCUGAUGUCACGGGUGAAGCCACGCCCCUCGGCCUCUUGUGUGGACUGAGCUCUCGGUUUGUGUUUGCUGGACCACCAGUGAGAGUGGGGGGGUGUGUGUCUUGACAUUUUGGGUGUGUUUAUUUUAUUUAUUUAUUUUUGUAUUCAUUUCAGGGUCCUGGAUGGACUGAAGACCCCUAAUGGUGAGGUCGGCCCCCCGUCAGCUCCUGUAUGAGAUGCCAGCGGUCCCAGAGUGACGAGGCCCGGCCUUAGCAGGCACACAAGUGACCUGACGGCAGAGCGAAGCACAGGUCUUAGGACAAGGUGACAAACACAGGGGGCUCUGGCAGCAUCAGAAAUGUGCCAAGGAGGCAGGAAACGAAGUAAAAAGGGACCCCCAUGAUGGCCAGGAUUGUUCUCCUUGUGGCUGUUUUGUGGCUGUCGACGCUCCGGGCUUGCAGUGCCCACCAAGGACGCGACCAGAUUACAAUCCGGAACCUCGGGUGCCUCGUCUACGCUUUGACGUCUAUGAACUGCUCCUGGACGACGGACAGAAAUGUAUCUGGAGCCACCAACUUCACGGUGCAGCUAAGGACGGGCAACUCCGAUUUUUGCUGCGUACAAGUCAAGAGAGCUGAAGAUUCGUUUUUCUGCCACUUUCCUCGGGUGACAUUUCAGGGGCGCGACGUACAAGUGAACGUCGGCGGCUCGAGUGACUCGUUCACCAUUAAAGAAGAGAGAACCGCUUACGAGGUGCUGGCUAUCUUGAAGCCAAGUCCUCCAUGCCACGUCCAAGCAGUGAAACGCAAGAAGAACAUCGAGAUAACGUGGCAGGAACCCCUGGUUGAAUACGGCAUCCAGCAGUUCAUGGAUUAUGAAAUCUGGAGCUCGUACGGCUACUUGACGACAGUUUCUUCUCCCAAAAAUUUGAGUCUCGUCAUUCCAGUGGAGGACCUCAAACUGCCAGUGGCAUUUCGGCUGCUCACUCGAGGAAAUGAGGAGUACCCAUCCAGCGGGCACCCCAGUGAGUGGAGCCAAUGGACUGCGAUGAUUUACUCGGAGGAGGCCGAAUCAGAGAAGUGGAAGCUGUGGGGCAUCGGCGUGGGCCUGACGCUGGCUCUGGUGGUCUGCCUGACUGUCAUCGUGUUGUGCGUCAGAUUUGCAGUGAUGGACAAAAUGUUUCCCCCCAUCCCCGAUCCCAAAGACAAGCUGAAGGCUUUGCUGGAGACCCCCAAUGACCCAUCCAGCGCUUGGCUUAUGAGCGUCGCCAAUGAAGCGGAGGCCAAAGUCGUGGUGGUCCAGUAAGUGUGCAAAGCGUCGACCAGGGGGUCCUCAGAGAGGCAGCACGGGAUUGAGCCCCCCCUGUUUGGGCAGCUAUGUGCUUGGCUUUGCACCGCAGGUUCAUCGGCGCCCCCUACUUGGUACCUUCGCCCCCUCCAUGUCACUGGCUAAUGGAUGGAAUGACGGCCCUGAAGAACAGACAGGAAAGGUGCCACGCUACACCAUGCCAGAGGGCAGAAAGCGCCCGGUGAGGCUGCACAUCCCCAUCUCGGCAGGGUGGUCCCACACCUGGCUACUGAGGGGCCGUCGUCUUCAGGUCCAUUUACCUGCGACUGAUUGCGGCCACUGGGAGCGCUUUAGGUGGCACACCGGUGACAUUCUCAAAGUGCACCAGCUGAAGAGUCCAACAUGCCCAUGGCUUUCACAUUCAGGGGGUCUUGCCAGUGUCUCGGUGGGCCUUCAACGCUUUGCUGUGGCGCCUUUCUUGUCUUUUUAUGGCUUGGCUGCUCUCCUGACUUUGUUAGCCCGAUGCUGGUGUGUGGCAUUUCAGCCCGCUGCAUGCCCAGACUGCCGCUGACUUGGCCCUUCAUUGUGUUUGUGUGUUCACUGGGGCAGCGCCCAAUGUUGCACAUGGCAUGACUUCUCUCUGUGACUUUUUUUUUUGUAUAAAUGUGAACGCUGCAGCUCAAUAAAUGGAUGGCACAGCCUGAAUUGCUGUCGUCCGCAGUUA